UCCAACAGUUCCGCGGGAGAAACAGAACCGACUUGUUACGUUUGUUGUGAAGUUGAUCAGGAUGCGUCGUUCUGCAGCUCCGAGCCAGCUUUGGGGCAACGCAGUGAAGAAACCUCGGUUUGUUCCUCCAGGACCUUCACAUCUUUCACAUCUGGCUCAGUCAAAACCUCUGGUGCCUGCACUUGGUCAAAGCGAUGCAUUGCAGAAAGUCCAGAGAAGUAUUUCAGCACCUGCUGUGAGUAAAACAGCAUGUAAUGUCCAGGCCAAAACCAGCCAGACUGCUCCAGGUCUGUCCAGGGCACUGGCCCGUGUUCUCAACGCAACAGAGUGUAAGGAAAAUGAAGCAGAGACAAAGGGUCAAAACCCUGGACCAGGAAGCUGCGUGGAAGACAAAAUGCCGCCAGGAGUGAAUGGCAGCUCUCACUGGACUCCUGCAUCUCCCCAGACCCCCCAGCCUCCCGCAGGUUCAGCCUCUAGAGCUGCAGACUCAGACUGCGCUCGGGAUGGAGCUCAGUACUUCAGUGUGGUGUGGUGCAAGGCCAGUAAGAAGAAACACAAGCGCUGGGAGGGAGAUGCGGUGCUGGUUACCAGAGGAAGAACCGCUACACUCAAAGACAUGGAGGGAAAACAUAUUGGGAAAGGUAGUGGUUACAAGGUGUCAGAGUUAGCCUCCCUGUCUGAGGGACAGACUCUGAUGAUUGGUGGCAAAGAGAUAGAGGUGAUGGGCAUCAUAUCUGCUGAUGACUUUGCCAAGGGGCGUUGUUUCCAGGAAAUCCAAACAGAGCUAGUGGAGUCGGAGACACAGGCGGCGACCCCUCCCGCUGGUCGCAUGGGCUCCAAACCUUUUUGCCCUCCAACAAUGUUGGGCAAAGCAGGGCAUCCACAAACAAAACCAGAGGAUGAGCAAACCUGCAGACCUCGUCAUAACCCACUAGCUCCAGAUGCACUGGUGAUGCCCCGCCCUUCUCCCAACCACCAGUGGCUUAAUAACAGAUCAGGGCUUCCUGUGGUUGAUGUUGUGGUUGAUCCACAUCUGACUACACAUCUGCGACCACAUCAGAGAGAUGGCCUGCUGUUCCUCUAUGAAUGUGUGAUGGGCAUGAGAGCUGUGGGUCGCUAUGGGGCCAUCCUGGCUGAUGAGAUGGGCCUGGGGAAGACUCUCCAGAGUGUGGCGCUGUCCUGGACGUUGCUUAAACAGGGACCUUAUGGGGGGAGACCAGUUGCUAAACGUCUCCUCGUGGUUACUCCUGGCAGUCUUGUCCAGAACUGGAAAGCAGAGUUUAAUAAGUGGCUGGGCCGUGAGAGGAUCAGUGUUUUCACCGUAGAUCAGGACCACAGAGUAGAGCAGUUUGUGUUGUCACCUCUGCACGCCGUUCUGGUGAUCAGCUAUGAAAUGCUGCUGCGCUGCCUGGAGCAGAUACAGAAAGUGGAGUUUGGUCUCAUAAUAUGUGAUGAGGGCCACAGAUUAAAGAACAGCAGCAUCAAAACAUCCUCAGCCCUCAGCAGUCUCAGCUGUAAUCGCAGAGUCAUACUCACAGGGACUCCGGUACAGAACGACCUGCAGGAGUUCUAUGCAAUUAUAGAGUUUGUUAAUCCAGGGAUUCUCGGGUCAACAACUGCUUAUAGAAAAGUUUAUGAGGAACCAAUCCUAUGCUCCAGACAGCCCUCCUCCACAGAGGAAGAGAGAGUCUUGGGGACAGAGCGAGCAGCUGAACUCUCCCGUCUAACAGGCAUGUUCAUCCUGAGGAGGACCCAGGAGAUCAUCAACCAGUACCUGCCUCCUCGUCUUGACUGGACUUUGUUCUGCAAGCCGUCCCCUCUGCAACAAGAGCUGUACCAGAACCUCCUCUCCCACCGGAUGUUCAGAUCGUGUCUGCAAGGCUCCACUCAGACCCACACACACCUGACCUGCAUCACUGCACUGAAGAAGCUCUGUAACCACCCUGGUCUGCUACACAACACUGUUAAAGAGAAAACAGACCGUGGAUCUGGGGAGAGUUCCUCAUAUGAGGGAAUGGCAGAUCUCUUCCCGGAGUCCUAUUCUUCAGCAGGAUUUGACACCGCUGACUCAGGAAAAAUGUUGGUUCUCUCAGAGCUGCUGACUGCCAUCAGACAGCUCAGUCCUUCAGACAGGGUGGUCGUGGUGUCAAACUACACUCAGACUCUUGACCUGCUUCAGGAUCUGUGUGUCGGCCUGGGCUACACCUUCUGUCGGCUGGACGGCCACACCCCCACAAACCAGAGACAGCGGCUGGUUGACGGUUUUAAUAGUCCCUACUCUCAAAACUUCCUGUUUCUGCUGAGCUCUAAAGCUGGUGGGGUGGGGCUCAAUCUGAUCGGCGCUUCCCACCUGGUGUUGUACGACAUCGACUGGAACCCCGCCAAUGACAUUCAAGCCAUGGCUCGAGUAUGGAGAGAUGGACAGAAGAAGAUUGUGCACAUUUACCGUCUUCUUACUGCAGGCACCAUUGAAGAGCGAAUAUUUCAGAGACAGGUGUCCAAACAAGGGCUGUCGGGGACUGUGGUUGACAUGGGGAAAGGUGCAGAGCACACAAAUUUCUCCAUUAGUGAACUGCGAGAUCUUUUCAGCCUGACGGAUACGCCGUCACUAACUCACGACCUGCUGAACUGCAGCUGCAGCAUGGACGGUGCAAUCAAAGAACUGGUUGAGGAGGAGGAGGAACAUGUUUCUGACAGGCCCUGCCAGCUCGGUCGUCAAGGUGACCGAAGGGUUUCAGCACAGAAGCAUCUCAGCAUGUCUGAGCUCAUGCAGUGGAGACACUUCUCUGGUGACACACACACCUUCUCAGACCCCUACCUCGAUCAUGCGCGGGAACACAUCACUUUUGCCUUUCAAACCACCAUCUCUCACAUGACCAAAUAAACACAGGAUUCCCCAUUUGUGGACCAAUUCACACAUAUACGGAACAGGUCUUUGACAUGUUGGCCCUCAGCAUCUUUGAGCUUUCUGAGCCUACUAACAACACAGUCUCCCUCAGUGUUGUGUGAUAUUCUGUAAUAAAUUCUACAUUUCAAUUUGUUGCAGCCGUUAAAUGUUCAAAUACAUCAAUACAAUUGUUCCAAGUUGUUUUAAAAAAAAAUGUGUUUAGUGUUUAAAGUAAUUUAUUGUGGAAAAAUUCAUAAAAUAAAGAUAAUUCAAAAGGAGCAUG